CAAAACAGCUGAGUAUUGGCAGCAGAUUGUGUAGCUCAUUGCUGAACUGCUCAAGCAAAUGGACAGUGACCUGAAGGAUAGUGUUCCCGCUGAUGCCAGCGUCUUCUCCCCAAAUCGUUGGGUCAAGCUGAAUGUGGGUGGUCAGAUAUACGCCACCACCAUCGAUACUCUGGUAGGCAGGGAACCGGACUCAAUGCUAGCACGAAUGUUCUUGCAAGAUGGCAGCAUAAUGCCCAGCGAGCGGGACGAGCAAGGAGCUUUCCUAAUUGACCGGAGUCCUCGAUACUUCGAGCCAAUCAUCAACUAUCUGCGCCAUGGCCAAUUCGUCUGUGACUCUAACAUCAGCGUACUGGGCGUCCUGGAGGAGGCAAAAUUCUUUGGCAUAUUUUCACUUGUAACCCACUUAGAGGAGCGCCUGGGACAACAGGAGGGUCCGCUGGGUGAUAGGCCACUGACGCGCAACGACGUAAUCAAGGCCAUCAUUCAGACCUCCGUCAUAACAGAACUGCGCUUUCAAGGCGUAAAUCUUUCCGGAGCUGAUCUUAGAAAACUUGACUUCCGCAACAUCAAUUUUAAGUACGCAAACAUGUCGCGCUGCAAUUUGUCCCACACCAAUUUAUCCCACACCUGCUUGGAGCGAGCGGACCUUCAGUACGCAAACUUGGAGUGUGCUCAACUAGUUUCAGUUCGAGGGCUUUGCGCGAACAUGGAAGGUGCUAAUUUGCGUGGGUGUAAUUUCGAGGAUCCAACAGGAGUGCGGACUAAUCUGGAAGGUGUUAACCUCAAAGGAGCUUGCCUGGAAAGCAGCAACAUGGCCGGCGUUAAUUUACGUGUCGCAAAUUUAAAAAACGCGAAUAUGAAAAAUUGCAACUUACGAGCAGCAGUCUUAGCAGGAGCAGAUUUGGAAAAAUGUAAUCUUUCAGGCAGUGACUUGCAGGAGGCCAAUUUGCGCGGAGCUAAUUUAAAGGACGCUGAGCUUACUUUAAUGGUGACCCCUUUGCAUAUGUCGCAGGCCAUACGAUGAUAUAUACGAUGGGGACAGUAUUUUGUGCAAUUACAUAUCACAUAUAAGACUCUGAUGUUUAUAACUAAAAAAUUUAAGAUUAUUGAUUGUAAAUACUAUAAUUUUAACCGUAGCCCUAAAAGUAAACAGUAUUAGGACUUUAUUGUAUUUGCAUAAUUUCCAUUUGUGUUUUAAUUUCCAUUUGCAAACACAGUGCGAAAGACAAACAAAAUCACGAUGUUAAAAUCUAGUGAAGAUCGAAAAUUCAAAAAAUAUCAAAUUUUGUGACCAAAAGUAAUUAUGUAUUUUCGAUUUAAGUUUGAUCCGUUUUUAUGCAGUUUUUAGAGCUUGUAUUCAAUAUAUUUUUAUCAUAUGAACUUUAUUUUAAUAAAAAUGCUUUUAAACCAACUA